CAAAUCUCUUCAAAACUAUGCACCCUCAAUAGAAACUUCCUUCAAUCGUUAUAUACACUUAAGCUAUCACUAUAUAUAACCACAACCUGCCGCCAAAUCUCUCCGCAAUGGCGCGCAGCUUCGUUAUCCUCCUCUUUCCAAGCCUCACAUAUGCAUACACCACCUUCGAAACCAACUGUUCGAUCCCAACGAACUCGACCAACUUCGUAUCUUCUAACGGCACAAGAGGUACGAUGGACAUCCUCUGGAGCUGUCUCUUCACAAUCAUCACCUGCACAUGGAUAGUCCAGCACCUCAACGUCCCUGAACAACGAGAAGACCGCAAUCCAGGCAUAUGGGGCACUAUAUGGUGGGCUAUAAAAAGGGGGUGGACAAGCGCGAAAUGGAUGUUGGUCACAGUCCUCGCACCAGAAAUCCUGCUAGCCAAGAAUGUGGGGGAUCUCACUACUGUCAAGCUGGAUUUGGAGAAGCUACAAGACUGGGCAGCUCAGGAUGGAGUACCAUGGACCAGAACCCAUUCGCUGUUCGCAAAUAUGGGAGGGUUUGUAAUUCGAAGGAGUUCACCUAAACGGGCUCAAAAUCCAACAGAGAGCAAAGAGCCCUCAACCGCUGAGCUCGGUCUAUCUGCCAACGCAUCCCAACCCGUCCUAAUACACCUCCUAACCCAAGAUAUCGUCCUCCUUCGCUCAAAAGGCCUUCUACCAAAGCUACCCUACAUUACACUGGAAGAAAUAAACGACAAAUCCAAAUCCGAUAGCCUUAUACGAGCCAUUAUAGUCGUCCAAAUAAUAUGGAUGGUAAUCCAGAUUAUCGCCCGCGCCUUCCGCUCCCUUGCAAUCUCACAAUUGGAGGUCUCCGUCGUUGCGUUCGCGACCUGCGCUAUUAUACUUUACGGUAUAAAUUGGGAGAAGCCUAAAGGUGUGCAAGUGCCAAUAACAAUUAUUUCUUACCCCGGCCCUUUCCCUAAAGACACUAUGGAAAUUGUAGAAAGAGACAGAAACGGAGCCGAUAUUAGCGUCUUUAGCGGUUUAAUGUUCUUGGUAGAAAAACUUUUUACUUGUCUAUACGACGGCGAGAGCACUGUAAAAUGGCCGCUUGGCAAACCCAUCCCCAACGUCUAUAACCGCGACGACCCCUGGGUGAAUCGGAUAAUGGGUGAGUCUGUUCUCUCCCAAAGCGAUAUCUUCGGUCUUUUCCUCGGCACUGCGGUCUUUGGCGCUGUGCACAUCGCGGCAUGGAAUUUCGUCUUCCCUACGCCCGUCGAAAGCCUUUUGUGGAAAAUCGCCGCUAUCUUAUGUACGACGAUGGGUUUGGUUUUCGGGGGUUACAUGGUAACCUUAUCUACUUUUUCUGAUAUUGAGUCGCUGGGGUAUAUAUAUAAAAUAGCGUUAGCAAUUUUAUUUUUCUUAAUCCCGGCGAGUUAUGUGGUUUGUAGGUUGUUUUUGGUUGUGGAGAUUUUUAGGAGCUUAUGUUUCUUACCGCCAAGUGCGUAUAUAGCCACCUGGGCGACGAACGUGCCGCAUGUUGCUUGA